ACCAGUGCUUUCGGCCGCAGUUAUGAAAUGGAGGACAAGGAAUACAAACAAAUCCGAUAUGUGUUGCGAGACUUUGGCCGCGAAGCCGGCAAUCGGUUUAUGUUAUGGGAGUUCUCGUCACUCAUCCGUCUUUGGGACCGAAAGUUAGUCCGAAAACAGCGGCAAAUCAUUGAGGAUGUGAUGGCUUUGAUUGCCGACAAAUACCGGACACACAGUGGCGACCACUCGGACGCCAUUGAGCGCGACUUUUGCGAUGCACUCAUCAGUGCUAAGAAUGACGCCCUCAGAGACGGCAAAGAGUCGGCCCCUUAUCUCACGGACCAGAACCUGGCGAUGAUUAUCUACGACCUGUUCUUCGCCGGCAAUGACACCACUCAACGCACGUUUCAAUGGAUUGUACUUUUGAUGACAUACUAUCCGGAAAUGCAGCAGAAGUUGAGACAAGAGAUUGAGUCCCAAAUCGGAGACCGAAUGCCAACACAUGAGGACAGGAAUCGAUGCCAUUAUGUCAUGGCUUUCAUCGCUGAG